GGAGCAGAGGACACUCCCACCCCGUGGAGACUGAGGGUCUCCAGCUGUGGCUGGAGGUCUCACCACAGACAUGCAGCUGCUCCUGGGCCUGGCAGGGGUCCUGGCUACACUCACCCUCCCCCAGCCCAGUGAGGGCACUGUCUCAGCCUCCCCCACGGCAGUGGAGAACUCAGUCCUUCAGGACUGCAUAGCAGAGGCCAAGCUGCUGGUGGAUGCUGCCUACAAUCGAACCCAGAAGAGCAUCAAGCAGCGCCUUCGCAGUGGCUCCGCCAGCCCCAUGGACCUCCUGUCCUACUUCAAGCAACCCGUAGCAGCCACUAAGACAGUUGUUCGGGCUGCUGAUUAUAUGCAUGUGGCCUUAGGGCUCCUGGAAGAGAAGUUACAACCCUGGAGAUCCAGACCCUUCAAUGUCACUGAUGUGCUAACAGAACACCAGCUGCACCUGCUGAUCCAGGCCAGUGGCUGUGCUCCCCGGGAUCAGGCUGAGAAGUGCAGCAACAAGUACCGCACCAUCACUGGGAGAUGCAACAACAAGAGGAGACCCUGGCUGGGGGCCUCCAACCAGGCCCUGGCCCGCUGGCUGCCAGCUGAAUACGAAGACAGGCUGUCGCUCCCCUACGGCUGGACGCCCGGCAAGAGGCGCAAUGGUUUCCUCCUCCCUCUUGUCCGGGCUGUCUCCAACCAGAUCGUGCGCUUCCCCAGGGAGAGGCUGACCUCUGACCGGGGCCGGGCCCUCAUGUUUAUGCAGUGGGGCCAGUUCAUUGAUCAUGACCUGGACUUCACCCCCGAGUCCCCAGCCAGGGUGGCCUUCACUGCAGGCGUUGACUGUGAGAAGACCUGUGCCCAGCUACCCCCCUGCUUUCCCAUCAAGAUUCCGCCCAAUGAUCCCCGCAUCAAGAACCAGCGUGACUGCAUCCCCUUCUUCCGCUCAGCUCCCGCAUGUCCCCAAAACAAAAACAAAGUUCGCAACCAGAUCAAUGCGCUCACCUCCUUCGUGGACGCCAGCAUGGUGUAUGGCAGCGAGGUCUCCCUCGCCCUUCGGCUCCGCAAUCGGACCAACUACCUAGGGCUGCUGGCCGUCAACCAGCGCUUCCAAGACAACGGCAGAGCCCUGUUGCCCUUUGACAACCUGCGGGAUGACCCCUGUCUCCUCACCAACCGCUCCGCGCGCAUCCCUUGCUUCCUGGCAGGUGACUCUCGGUCAAGUGAAACCCCCAAACUGGCGGCCCUGCACACCCUCUUUGUGCGAGAGCACAACCGGCUGGCCACCGAACUGAGACGCCUCAAUCCUCGCUGGAGCGGAGAUAAACUGUACAACGAGGCUCGGAAGAUUGUGGGGGCCAUGGUCCAGAUCAUCACCUACCGGGACUUUCUACCCUUGGUACUGGGAAAGGCCCGGGCCAGAAGAACCCUGGGGCCCUACAGAGGGUAUUGCUCCAACGUGGACCCGCGUGUGGCCAAUGUCUUCACCUUGGCCUUCCGCUUUGGCCACACCAUGCUGCAGCCCUUCAUGUUCCGCUUGGACAGCCAAUACCGGGCCUCAGCACCCAACUCCCGUGUCCCACUUAGCUCUGCCUUCUUUGCCAGCUGGAGAAUCGUGCAUGAGGGUGGCAUUGACCCCAUCUUUCGAGGCCUCAUGGCCACCCCAGCCAAGCUGAACCGACAAGAUUCCAUGCUGGUGGAUGAGCUCCGAGACCGGCUAUUUCAGCAAGUAAGAAGAAUCGGGCUGGACCUGGCGGCUCUCAACAUGCAGCGCAGCCGAGACCACGGCCUUCCAGGCUACAAUGCAUGGAGGCGCUUCUGUGGGCUCUCCCAGCCCCGGAACCUGGCACAGCUAGCCCGGGUGCUGAAAAACCAUCAUUUGGCAAGGAAGUUUCUGAAUCUGUAUGGGACGCCUGACAACAUUGACAUCUGGAUUGGGGCUAUUGCAGAGCCUCUUUUGCCAGGGGCCCGGGUGGGGCCUCUUCUGGCUUGUCUUUUUGAGAACCAGUUCAGAAGAGCCCGAGAUGGAGACAGGUUCUGGUGGCAGAAAUGGGGAGUUUUCACCAAAAGACAGCGCAGGGCCCUCCGCCGGAUUUCCUUGUCUCGAAUUGUAUGUGACAACACUGGUAUCACCACCGUUUCGAGGGACAUCUUCAGGGCCAAUAUCUACCCCCGAGGCUUUGUAAGCUGCAGCCACAUCCCCAAGUUGAACCUAUCAGCCUGGCGAGGCAAAUGAGGCUUCUGCAGGAGUUUAUGACAAGCUCCCAACCUUUGGAGACAAGGGGAAAGAUUGUGAUUCUUUCUACCCCGGAGCAACUGUUUCCUGCUGGUGCUUUUGAUGGCUAUAGCUUAGAGCUGGCUUCACUGGCUGGGAGCGAGAGCUGGUGUUCUUAGUGGCCAUGGGCCGACCCACCUUGGGAGCCUCUUAAGUAUUAUAAAUCAGUGCCAUGGGCAAGGACUUGUGGGCCAAGCCAUGAGGCCUCGAGGUCCCGGCAACAAUCAACUGGAGGGUUCCAGCUUUUCCUUCUGUUUUCCCCAUCACUACCACCAUGACUUGGAGACUGCAUAGUCACAGCGUCUAGCCACCCCACAAGCCCCUGUGUGCUGCAAGCUUGGCUCUGCUUCUACCAAUAAAACACUGCU